GGUUGUAUGAUGAUCACGUGACACAAAUAUGGUGGAUGACAUGCAACCGGAUGGAAAGCAACAAGUUUAGACAAUUUGUGUUUUUGUGUGCCAAUUAUAUAUAGGUUUGGUUACACAAUAUUUAUAUAUCUUAACAAUGUUUCUCACGCGUGCACUUGAGAAGAUUUUAAGUGACAAGGAAAUAAAAAAGGCACAUCACUCUCAGCUGAAAAAAGCCUGUGAGGUGGCACUAGAGAAAAUCAAGAAUGACAGUCAAAGCCAAGCAAGUUCUGAAAAUGACAAGUCCUCCGCUCUGCCAAUGCCAAAACAAGCUGGCUUUGUGGAUGCUGACAAAUAUUUUACACCAUUUGAGCUGGCAUGCCAGUCCAAGUCUCCAAGGAUUGUCAACAUUACCUUAGAUUUUCUACAGAAAUUGAUAGCGUAUGGUCAUAUGACAGGCAACACACCAGAUAGUACAACACCAAACAAGAGACUGAUAGAUCGUAUAGUGGAGACAAUUUGUGGAUGUUUCCAUGGGCCACAGACUGAUGAGGGUGUGCAACUACAGAUUAUAAAGGCAUUAUUGACGAUAGUUACCUCAAACACAUGUGAGAUUCAUGAAGGCACUGUGUUACUUACUGUACGGACAUGUUACAAUAUUUAUCUGGCCAGUAAAAACCUUGUCAACCAGACCACAGCCAAGGCAACCCUUACGCAGAUGCUGAAUGUGAUUUUCACAAGGAUGGAAAGUCAGGCAGAAGAACUUGAAAAAGAGCGGGAACGAUCUGAAAGUCACAUGUCCCAGAGCACAGAGGGUGAUAUUACAGGUACCCCUGAGGCACCAAGGUCUGUAUGUGAAGGUGAGGAAGGAGAACAGAACCAGUCUGAGGGGGAUUCUACUAGUGGAAACCAGUCUGUUGUCACUGUAACAGAAGAUGAAGAAACAGCUGAGAGCAUUGCGAAACAAGUGUUAGAUGGUAUAAUAGAUCAAGUAACUGGAGCUGUAGAAUUGGAGCAAACUGAAGUUGCCCCUGGUGAAAAUAACCCCAGUGUCAAUGAAUCCCCUGAUGUACAUGAGCCCAGGGAGAGGGCAGGGACAGGGGAGAGUGGUGACAUGCAAAGUAGACAGUCAUCUAGUAAGACAGGAAGUUCACUUGCUGUAAAUCGUCUGGCGGACGAGGGAGAAGAGGGUACAGAUGGUGGAGAUGUAGGACAUGGUGCUUUCAGUCAUAUACUACAGAAAGAUGCUUUCCUAGUGUUCAGAAGUCUUUGUAAACUUUCCAUGAAACCAUUAGCAGACGGUCCUCCUGAUCCCAGAUCACAUGAGUUGAGGUCCAAGGUUUUAUCACUUGAAUUGUUGCUGUCAAUACUGCAAAGUGCAGGACCAGUGUUCCAAACUAAUGACAUGUUUAUCAAUGCUAUCAAACAGUAUCUGUGUGUAGCACUGUCCAAGAAUGGGGUCAGCUCGGUCAUUGAAGUAUUUGAAAUCUCGCUUGCUAUAUUCCUGACACUGUUAGCCAACUUUAAACAACAUCUUAAAAUGCAAAUAGAGGUGUUUUUCAAGGAAAUUUUCCUGUACAUUUUGGAGACACCAAGCAGUUCCUUUGACCAUAAAUGGAUGGUUAUACAAGCUCUCACUAGAAUAUGUGCAGAUGCCCAAUGUGUUGUUGACAUAUAUGUGAAUUAUGACUGUGAUCUCUCCCUUGCCAAUAUAUUUGAACGUCUAGUUAAUGAUCUUUCCAAAAUAGCUCAAGGGAGACAAUCCCUAGCUGUUGGUGUGACGCCUACACAAGAACAGAGUAUGCGACUGAAGGGGCUUGAAUGUCUAGUUUCCAUACUCAAGUGUAUGGUAGAAUGGAGCAAAGAUCUGUACAUCAACCCACACUUCCAGUCCAACUUGGGUCAGGACUGUAAGCCGUCACCAGAGUCUGAUUCAGACUCGGGUAAAGGCACCCUAAAUAGCUACGAUAGCACCAACUCCCUUGAGUCGAAUGGUAGCUCUCUGAAUACGUCCACUGUGGUCCAUGACAGUCCAGAACAGUAUGAGGUGCUUAAACAACAGAAAGAGAUUAUGGAACACGGUAUUGAACUGUUCAACAAAAAGCCAAAGAAAGGAGUACAAUACUUGCAGGAUCAGGGUUUGCUGGGUACAUCCCCUGAUGAUAUAGCCGAGUUGUUUCACAGUGAUGAUAGGUUAGAUAAGGCUAUAGUUGGAGACUUCUUAGGAGACAAUGAGAAAUUUAACAAAGAGGUGAUGUAUGCAUAUGUAGAUCAGUUAAAUUUUGCGGAGAUGGAUUUUGUGUCAGCAUUAAGGAGAUUUCUGGAAGGCUUUAGACUGCCAGGGGAGGCUCAGAAAAUUGAUAGACUCAUGGAAAAGUUUGCUUCAAGAUAUUGUGAAUGUAAUACCAAUAGUGAAAUAUUUGCAAGUGCUGAUGCAGCCUACGUGUUGGCGUACUCUGUAAUCAUGUUAACAACAGACUUACACAGUAGUCAGAUAAAAGACAAGAAUAAGAUGACAAAAGAGCAGUAUAUCAAGAUGAAUCGUGGGAUCAACGACAGCAAGGAUCUGCCGGAGGAAUAUCUUUCCGCCAUCUAUGAUGAAAUUGCAUCAAAUGAAAUCAAAAUGAAAGCUAUUGGAGUACAGAGAUCUUUGCUUUCUCAUAGAGAUAUAACAAGUGACAAGCAGAGACGUAUGCUGUACAAUACAGAGAUGGAACAUAUGGCCAUGGCAGCCAAGGUUCUCAUGGAAAGUGUCAGCCAUGUUGAAUCCAACUUCAUGAGUGCAAAACAUCAAGAACAUGUUAGACCAAUGUUUAAGAUGGCAUGGACACCAUUCCUGGCAGCAUUCAGCAUUGGAUUGCAGGACUGUGAUAACUCACAAAUUGCCUCCCUUUGUUUAGAUGGUAUCAGAUGUGCUAUACGUAUCUCUUGUAUUUUCCAUAUGGAGUUGGAACGGGAUGCUUACGUUCAAGCACUUGCACGUUUCACGUUGCUGACUGCGGCAUCUCCGAUUACCGAGAUGAAAACUAAAAAUAUAGAUACAAUCAAAACUCUAAUCUCUGUUGCACAUACUGACGGCAAUUAUCUUGGAAAGUCCUGGUUAGAGAUAUUGAGAUGUAUAUCCCAGCUGGAGCUUGCCCAGUUGAUUGGAACAUCGGUAAAAACCAAAUAUAUUCCUUCCCACAAACGUGAAAAGUCAAAUGGUGGAACAGCCCAUCCUAUAGAAGCAUUUGAUCCAGAGGCCAUUGCUAAAGGUGGUUUUGGCUCGAAGAUUUUGGCUAACUUCCAGGAGACGAUGGGAGAGACAAGUUCCCAGAGUGUGGUAGUAGCUGUAGACAGGAUCUUUACUGGAUCUGUUAAACUCGACGGAGAUGCUAUUGUUGAGUUUGUGAAGGCAUUAUGUCAGGUGUCAGUUGAGGAAUUGUCAAACCAUAGUCGACCGAGAAUGUUCAGCCUUACCAAGAUUGUUGAGAUAUCCUACUACAAUAUGGGACGUAUCAGGCUGCAAUGGUCUCGUAUAUGGCAAUAUCUUGGUGACCAUUUUAACAAAGUUGGAUGUAAUCAAAAUGAAGAUAUUGCCUUUUUUGCCAUUGAUUCUCUCCGGCAGUUGUCUAUGAAGUUCAUAGAGAAAGGUGAAUUUGCCAACUUCAGGUUCCAGAAGGAUUUUCUCAGGCCCUUUGAACAUAUCAUGAAAAGAAACAGAUCACCAACAAUUAGAGACAUGGUUGUAAGAUGUGUAGCACAGAUGGUCAACUCCCAGGCAGCAAACAUCAAAUCAGGCUGGAAGAAUAUAUUCAGUGUAUUUCAUCUGGCAGCCUCGGACCAGGACGAGGGUAUUGUUGAACUGGCAUUCCAAACUACAGGGAAAAUCAUAUCAUCUGUGUUUGAUAAACAUUUUGCCGCUGUGAUGGACUCAUUCCAAGAUGCCGUCAAGUGUCUUUCAGAGUUUGCAUGUAAUGCUGCCUUCCCUGACACCAGCAUGGAAGCCAUUCGACUCAUCCGUAAUUGCGCAAAAUAUGUGGCGGAAAAACCUCAUAGAUUUAUACAUUUAGAAAUUGAGGCCCAUACUAAGGAUGCAGAUUAUGCUAUGAUGUUCAAAGAACACACGGGGGAUGAUUUGAAUGUUCCAGAAUCUGAUCGUGUUUGGGUUAAGGGUUGGUUCCCUGUGCUGUUUGAACUGUCUUGUGUAAUCAACAGAUGUAAACUGGAUGUUAGAACAAGGGGUUUGACAGUGAUGUUUGAAAUUAUGAAGACUUAUGGAGAAUCGUUUGAGCCUCACUGGUGGCGGGAUCUGUUCAGGAUUGUCUUCAGAAUCUUUGAUAACAUGAAACUGCCCGAAGCCCAAAAUGAAGAUGAUUAUUAUGUUCAGCAUGAAAUGAGCCCAAGUCAGCAAGUCCACUGGAAAUCUGAAUGGAUGACUACAACAUGUAAUCAUGCGUUAUAUGCCAUCAUAGAUGUGUUUACACAAUAUUACGAUGUCCUAUACACGUUACUACUGGAUGAACUUUACCAACAACUCAUAUGGUGUGUUCAACAAGAUAAUGAGCAGCUGGCACGGUCUGGUACCAACUGUUUAGAAAAUCUAGUCAUUUCUAACGGUACCAAGUUCACCAAGGAGGCAUGGGACAGUACAUGUGUCUGUAUGUUGGACAUCUUCAAAAAUACCAUUCCACAUAAUUUGCUCAUAUGGCGUCCAGAUGAUGGACUCACAAAUUCAGUGGAGGAGAUGAAUGGCAACCUGGAAUCAAUGAGUCUCGACACGUCACAUGACUCACGUAGAUUAUACAGGGUGGAUAGUAACCACAGUGUCAGCAGCACAAUAUCAGCUGAUUCCAGGGACCAUAAAAUACCAAGGACAAAGGUGUUCACAGACCAGAAGCUGUUCCAGUGCCUUCUAAUCAAGUGUGUAGUCCAGCUGGAGUUGAUCCAGACCAUAGACAAUAUUGUGUUCUUCCCUACAACCAGUAGAAAGGAUGAUGCUGAAAAUCUAGCAGCUGCUCAGAGUGAGGUUGAAGUGACAGCAGACUUUGACACCAACAGUCAUCAAGAAGACCAAGGAAUGUACCACUUCCUUAGCUCUGCUCAACUCUUCAAAUUAGUGGAUUGUUUGCUAGAGUCUCACACCUUUGCAAAAGACUUCAAUUCAAACCAUGAACAGAGGAACCUGCUAUGGAAAGCAGGUUUCUGUGUCAAUUCUAGUUUCAAAGGGAAAGCAAAACCCAAUCUUCUGAAGCAGGAAACACAGAGCUUGGCUUGCUUGUUCAGAAUUUUAUUCCGGAUGUACAAUGAUGAAGCACGUAAAGAUGCAUGGCCAGAUGUUGAAAACAAACUGGUUAGUGUGUGUCACAGUUCCCUGGAAUACUUCCUGUCUUUACAGUCAGACAGUCACAGAGAUGCAUGGAGUAACAUUAUUAUUCUACUUAUCACAAGACUUCUCAAGAUGUCUGAUGACAGGUUCCGUGUCCAUGCGUCCCACUAUUAUCCUCUGAUGUGUGAAACUAUGAACUAUGACUUGAAACAUGAACUUCGUUCCAUUCUCAGAAAGUUUUUCAUUCAUGUUGGACAUAAGUUUGGAAUGAUCCAUCCUGAUAGAACUACUUGAUGAUGUGUGUUGUGAUAUGAUAUGAUACAGUAUGAUGUGAUAUGAUUGUGUAAUGUGUGGGACAUGAUGUAUGAUUUACAAACACAGGAUUGGUGCACAGUGAGAUAAUGCAAUAGUUUUCACUGUUAAAUAAUGAAAGGAACAUUCACAAUUAGAUAAUGAAAUAGCUUUCACUAUUACACAAUGAAAGCACUGUUCACAGGGAGAUUGUGAGAUAUCUUUCACUGUUAUAUCAUGAAAGCAACUUUAACAUUGAAUAAAAGUCACUCCACUUUGAGGUAAUUAACAACAUAUUUACUUUAAGAAAGUGAAAAAAAUGUUAACAGUGGCAGUGAGAUAAUGAAAGUAAUCUUUAGAGAUCAAAUUAAAGCAGUUUACACAAAUGAUAGCAGCCAUCACAAUAUCAAAGAGAAGCCAGACUUCAGAAUGGUUCAGCUUUUUUAAAGAGUUACUUUACAGCAUUUGCAAAUAACUUUCAAACUGUGACGAUAAAAGCAGCCUUCAAAAAAGCCUUCGCCAACAGAUAGUGGCAGCAACAUUCACCGGGAUUAUUUACGUAAAUUUUAGAGGGCCUCUAUGGUGAAGUUGUUCAGGUCCCAGUCUCUUACCCCUAACUUCUGUGGGUUGGAAACCUCAGUUGCAUUGUAGAUCAUGUUCAUGUGAGGAAGCCAUCUAGCUGACUUAUGGGAGUUUGAUAGUUUUACUUUGGUGCUCACACAUGCCUGAAAUAAUGCCUGGAAGUGUUUCUGGGGUCUUCAUGUACCAUAAAAAGUGGAAGUUUGCUAUAUGAAUGAACUAAUAUUCACAGCUGGAUGAUAAAAGCAUGUAUUCUUCAUAAUUAGAUUUUAUAAAUGGGUUUAACAGUAAUAUUUUAAAAAGCAACCCUUGCUUUUGAAUAAAUUUGUCACAAAUAUUUUUUUUUACUUAACCAAUUUGACAUGUUACAGUCAGACCAGGAAGAGUUAACAAUAAAUGAUUGUGUGUGCAUGUCAUACCCUGUCUGUGUGUAUGAUAAUUAGAAAUAUUAAGAAACAGCCAAAAUACAAAGGUCAGUGGGUUGUUUCUCACUUAACAUUGUAUUUCUGCAAACUUUACUACAUAAUUAUGUAGAUUCAUGAAAAAAUAUACUUACUUUUUUUAUUGAUAUUUUCUUUCUGGUCUGAUGCUAUUGUGAAUUUAAGCCUGGUACCAUUUGAAUGAAAAUGUAGUGUACCAUGUCUGUUUUAUGGUGUUUGCUUUGCUAGUUUGGUCAUAGAAAGUAUUGGGUUUGUAAGUGAAAAUAGUGUAUGCGUAGAAUGUAAAGUUGCUUUUUUUUUUUUUGAUAUCUUGAGAAAAAAUGGGGUGCUUUAGUCUCUCAGUCCUUUACAAAGUACAUGUAUAUAUCAAAACCGAUAUCAACUGUAUUCCAAUUUUGUAGGUAAUUAGGAAAUUUAUUGCACACAGAUUCAAAGGGUAUUUUUCAAAAAAGUAUAUUUUUUUUUUUUUUUUUCAUUCAGUUGCACCUUGUAGAUAGGUAAUUUGUGUGUGUCCUCAUGUUGAAAAUGUUAAUUAUGCAUAACACUUUAUUUGUAAACAUUUUUAAAAUGUCUUUGUAGUAUAUUUUCACACAGUUUGAAGGUCGUCAAUUCAAUUAUACUGAGAAAUAGAUCUUAAAUGUUUGUUAAGAUAUAAAUAUGUCAAAAAGGGAAUUACGUUUUACAAGAUAAAACAUGUAAUUUUGAUGCAAGUUACCAGAUGGCCCAUUUUAGUGUGGCAGUUUACGUUUAUGACACACUCCAUGUUUGUUGUUCCAUCUCUUAAGUCUUUCAUAUCAAUCCAACAUUGCUAUUUGAUCAGGGGUUUAAUAUUUUUGGCUUUGUAGAAGUAGUAAAAUUAGGUAUUUUUAGUAACACCAUUUGAUGGAAAAUACAAAUACAAAUACCUGGCAUUUAUAUAGCGCAAAAAUCAUAAAAUAUUCUAUUGCGCUUUACAGUUACAUAACACAUUCAUUCAAAAUAUGAACAGGAUUCUAGAACUUAGAUUUAGACAUAUAUAAAUACUAUUUUAUACCACUACUGAUAUUUUGUAUUUUAACAGGAGUUAAAAUGACAGGUUUUGAACUAUUACUUCUAGUAAUAUCCCCAGUAUUCCUACGGUUCAGCCGAACUAAUCCUUUGCAGGAUUUUCCAUGAAUUUUAGCUUUAUUUUGCAAGAUUCAAAUGUAAACUAUACAUCAUUCUAGAGUUCUCCGAUGGGGGUUGUUCUUUAUUUCUUUGCUUUAUAUCAUUCUAAAGUUCUUGAUUUAUUGUUAAUGGCACAGGAAGGAUUUAUUCAAGGUCUGCAAAUAUUAUAUAGGAGGGGGCUGUAACAAUUUGUUCAUCCGUCAUUGUGCAAUACAUGCAAUAUGUACCUGGUUUUCUUUUAUUUGAGAUUUUUAUAGCACUGUAAUUCUGUAUAAUUAAAAAAUCAUAGUAAACCUAUCUGUUGCUGUAUGUUUAACCAUGUUUGAUUUUGUUUACAAACAAAGACGUUUUUAGUCCUAACAUGCAAAAUUUCGAUCUCCCUGGUUGAGUGAUAAAAAUUGCUGACUACUAAUGUAUUACUUGGUCCUCAGUGCUUUUGAAACUGUGCUUAGAUCAAUGUCUUCUUCCUGUGAGGAAGUUAUUGUAGUUGAUUUGUGGAAGGUUGAUACUUCAAUCAGAGUGCCAGUCUGUGCCUGAUAUGAUAUCAGCUUCUGAGGUUAAAAGUGGAAAGUCAAUGUGAACAUAAGUGCAGCAGUGUAACACAGCAAACAUGCACAAAUAGCUCAAACAAAAUGCUGACUGAGCAACCUCUUAAAGCUUUUGCCUGUGUAAUCUAUCCUACAUUCCAUAGUUUGUAACUAGCAUGAUGUAAGUAUAGAACUUGUAUAUUAUGUAGAGGAUAUUUGGUUCAGUCUAUGGUUGCAGUAUCUUAAACAAAAUGCAAAUAUUUUCAAGAAUGACAGGGAUAGCCACCAACGAAAAUGUCUGAUCUUAUAUGUUAUCAAUGAAAGUGUUUUUGAAAAGCAAGCAAAUUUUCUUUUUCAUUUUGUGUCUUUUCAGUUAUUGAUUUAUUCUGCAAUUCCUUACAAUUGAAAAAUUUAUUUUAUAUUUCACUAAGUGAAAAAUAUCUUAUUGAUUGUUUAUCACAAAAUUACCAUAUAUAUUACAUUGUUAUAUUUCAAUAAUUCACAGCAAAAACAUGCAGUAAAAUCAUUUAUAUAUUUGGUUAUUCUUCAGUUGUUGCCUCCAACAUAGCUUGUAAAUGUUUUGCCAUGUUAGAGCUAAGUGUAUGAAUUCAUAAUUGUGAUCAUUUUGCAACAUUCAUUAUCCCCAUGCCUUUUUCAAAAUAAUUUUCUCAUUUUUGACAAAAACUAAUGAUAAAAGAAGCCCUGACUGUGCAAAUCUAAUUGAUCAAAACCAGUAUUAAAUACAGAUGCCAAAAUAGAAAAGGGUAUAUGGAACUUUGGUGUUUGUGCCAUUUCGUGUUAAUUGUUAGAAUAGUAUACUGUUCUUGACUCAAUUUUAGACUGCCACACCAAAGUGCAGUAGGUCUGUAUCUGAUAAAGCUGAAUUUGCUGGUAUUUGUCGACAGCUGCAAUACUUAACAAGUUUAACACAAUUUUUGUCCAAGUCAUUUUUCCAUGAUUGUGCUCUGUUUUGGGUGUUUUUUAACCACUUGUCUUUUUUAGGAAUAUGACAAAACAGAUUGAUAUUGCACUUGUUAAUGUGUAUACCUGGAAUACCCAGUAAAAAGUCUAUUAACUGCCACAUGUUUAUUUUAUUCCUUGAAUUUUUGUGUAUGAUCAUUAAUGUUUACAGCACACUUUCACUGCCACAGAGUGUUACAUUUGAUGCAACCUUGAUUAUCCUCUUAAUAUUAAGACCUCAGUUUUUGCUUUUUAACCCUUACCCUGCAAAAUUUCUAUAAUGAACUUAUCCAUUUUUCAAUGUGGACAGUACCAUUAACUGUUAAAAGGGGUGCUUACCAAAAAGAUACUGACUGAAUAGCAGAUAGCGCAGAUCUUGAUCAGACUGCACAUGUGCAGGCUGAUCAUGAACUACACUGGUCGCAAAGGCUGAAUCAAUCCUGUCCAGCAUGGUAAGGGUUAAUAGUUGUAAGAUAAGCAUGGUUUGGAAAUUCGUUAUUCCUAGAGAUAGUUGUAAUUCUAUGGCAGACAAUUUAUAUGUACAAUGUGUAUAUAUUGUUUUAAAGUGCAUUUUACCAUGUUUUAGUAGGAAACUAAUCAAUUGUUAAAGAAUGCUUUGGUAUUUAUUUUGCUUCGACUUUUCGCUUUACCCUUUGAAACAGUAAUGUUUUGGGGGUUUUUUUUGUCUAAUUUUUGGUCUUAAUUUCUGUGACGGACCAUUCUGUUUUAGUUAAAGUCCUGAAUCAUAUGAUUUUCUUGUAUUUCGUUCUUUAAAUUAGGAUAAGAAGGGGUUGAAAUUGUAGAAAUAGUCUGAAGGUUUAACAUUAUACAAUUUGUUUAUUGUUACUGAAUUUCUUUAAAACAUUCUGGUCAAAGUGGGAAGGGGAGACAAUUUGUAUAUAUAGUGUCAUCAAUUCUAGAAACAAGAAACACAAUUUGUUUUGUUAUUGACUAUGUAAGAGAACUGUAUGGAAUCACCAAAUAAUCCACAAGUAGUCAAGAUUUGGGUAAACAUUGCUAUAUAUCUAAGUUAUUAAAAAACAUAAUGAAUUAUGUUAUGUACAGUUAUUGUCUAGAAUGUAUGUUGUUAUGGUAUAUAUAUAUUGUGAUUGUUGAAAUUCAGUGUUACUAUUUAUACAAAAUAUAUUUUAUAACUCUAGUAACCUAUUGGUUACUGGCUUUCUUAACAGUGAUACAUGUAUAUUUUGAAAAAAGUGUGAGUAUCUGUUGAAUGUCUAAUGUACAUGUCGGUUACAUUGUAAAACAUUUCUCACAGGUUUCAUAAUAAACUUAUUAAACUAUU